AUGGGACCAUAUGCUAUAUCAAUGUAUCCAGGUUUAUCACUUUGUUAUUUGCCAUCGACUACUUUUUCAUCUUCGAUUCUUACUCAUUUAUAUAUCAAUGUGGAAACUUUUGAUGAUUGUCUUUAUUUACUUGAUGGUCGACUUAGAAAAUUGACAAUAUUGUGUGUUAAUGUCUAUUCUAUAGACGAGUAUUCAGAAAUUGUUCACAAUAUGGAUAAAUUAUUUAAUCUAAAAUGUUUCUGA